AUGCUUGGUGCGAAAGAGACGGGAAUAACUCAUUACCUCGCAAUGAAAACCAAUAUUAUAGGUGGAGGCUGCACCUUUCCAGCAGAAUGGACCGGCAGCUGGUUCCAGUCAGGCAUACCGUCGCUCAUAGAUAUCAACUCCACCCAUAUACAGAUGAAGGGAGAAUGUUCAGAGACUGAGUCAUAUGAUAAGUUUUUGUUGCAUGAUAGGACCUUUGACUGCUACAGGUGUAUGGUGAUACACGAAAAGCACAAAUAUGUUCUGCAGUACAAAGAAACUUACUGCAGUCAAAAAAACUCGCUCUCCUCAAUAUGUGACGAAAUCAGCGGUGAUGCUCCUCUCUACUCCAUGUUCCGGAAGGAUCCAGCCGCAGUUCCGCAGCCCUGUCCUUUUAGGCCGGCGCCGUUCACUUUCACUUAUAACCGUGGUUCCGGCGACUGCGUGUACCCGCCUUCGCGAGCGGAGUCGUGUACUGACGAUUCAAGACUGCUUCUAAGAUACAUGGCAUGUCCCGAUGUGCCUGGUACCGAGAGUAAUGUUGAAGAGCUGGUCUGCCUGGCCACAUGGAAGGAAGGUUCCACAAGGUACCUAGUCGGGCAGAUUUCUCAAGUGCAGAGACGGAACACCAUCGCCUCUGAUGAAGAUACUUAUCGAUGCUUCAUCUACAAGGGCCUCCAUGGUGACAAAAGUACUUCCUACAUCAUAGCUCAAUCGGGUGAUGCCACCUGCAAUGGCUUGUCCUCACCGACAGAUGGCAGCAGAACUAUGAAACUAACUACAAGUGAUGAUGAGCACAACCGCUGUCAUUUCCCCGGAUGGAUAGUGGAGCACCACAAGUGGUUCAGUCUCGACCACACCCAUCAGUACCACUUUACUACCAAGAAUGCAACUCUCAAGAUAAUGAACUCGGACGGUUCAUUCGAAGAGAAGCGAUUGGUAUGUCAUUCGAUUUUGGAGCAGAAAGACAAGAAACAUAUUAAACUAGUCGCACACGUAACUAGGGGCUGUGAAUCCGGUCACAUUUGCCUCAAGUUCUACCGUCGUGAGGGCAACGUGUUGGAGUUGCAACAAGGAACAAAUCUUUGGGAGUCGCCUCAAGACGCCUGCGCAGAGAAUACUCAACCGUCGUAUAUAACGCUUAUAACGACUUCACUAACACCAAUGCGGUGUCCUAUUCUCGGCCGAUACUCGAUCGUGAACUCGCUCGCCGAUCGUCGCAGACGCAGACAACAAAUUGGUGAUCCAGAUUCAGAAAGUAGUGAAAUGUCUGAAUGUGUGACAGGAGAUUACGACAGUGCCAGCAUUGGGUGUGGCGCUGGACAGGAUACGAUUGAGUUUAAGUCCUCUUGUAGUAGUACUGUAUACACGUGCUACGGCAGCUGGCAAGAGAACGGCCGGGGCUUCCUGGUGGCGGCUCCCGUCUCCCGCUCUUCCUCUCAUCCCAGGACAUUCUGCUUCAUGUAUACCACCAGACCUGCUAAUGAGACCCGCGGAAGUGAAUCAGUGUCUCUUAGCGCAGUGAGCGUGUCGUGUGACAGACGAGCCAUUCCCGGACGACAUGGUGAUAAGGCAUACAACCUCACUUCUAAUGGUACAUGCGAGCAGAGCAGCAAAUACAAUAGCUUGGCUUUCAAAAUCGCGCCGGCGGCCAUUUUGAUAUUUGCCCUUUCCCUGACAGCUCUCAGGUGA